AUGGAAAUCAAUAUAAAUAAUCGUCGUGCUCGACGACGACGACGACAUGAUGAACCACGUUUACUUGAAAAACAAAUUCGUCCAGAAGUAUUCGAACGAUGUCUACAAUUUAUUGAUAUUAUUAUUAAUCAAAUUAUUUAUCAGGAAAAUAUUUAUCCGUCAAAUCUAUUUUCUCCUUGUCAAAUGUAUAAUUCACUUGUUUAUCAAUGUAUUGAUAAAGAUAUAUCAUCAUAUAUAAGAUUAUGUGUUGCAUCAUUAAGAGAUUUAUUUUCUCAUCAAUUAUCUGAUAUGAUUUCAAUAAAUAUAAUUCGAAAUUUUCAAAUUCCAAUUAUUCUUCGAAGAUAUUUAAUUGAAUUUCAUACAAUUCAUGAUCCAUGUUUACGUGCUAUUUAUGAUAAUACAAAAGAAUUAAUUCAUCAUAUUGAUCAAAUAUUUUCACAAUGUAUUCAAACAAUUAAACAAAUUAAACCAUUAGAUAAUCACAAUUAUAAUAAACGAUGGACAUUUCAAUUAAGAUUAUGUCCUGAUCAAAUAAAUAAUAAAGGUAUUACUAUUCGAGAUAUUCUACGUAAAAAAUCAUUUUAUAAAGAAUUUAUAUUAAUAAAUCAACAAUCAAAUUUAUUAUCCAAUGGUAAACAAUCAAUAAUAUCAUCAAUUAAAUCAUUACAUACUGAAAGACUUAAAUUACAAUUUAUGUGUGAAGAUGAUAAAUAUGAACAAGAAAUAUUUAAACACUCAAAUCAAUAUUUAUUAGAUAAUAUAUCAAUUGAUCAACAAGAUACUGAUUCAGACAUCGAUGAUCAUCAGGAAAAUUCCAAAGAAACAGAUGUGUCUUCUUCAAUUAGCAAAAAAUUAAAUGAAUCUGAACUUUGGCCAUUAACAACAACGAAUAAUCAUCCAAAUUGUCGAAUAGAUGAUCAAGAUAUGAAUUCAAGUGAUGUUGAACAAAAAUCAAAUGAUAAAAAACGACAGAAGAAGAAUAAACCAACGAUUAUUGAUACUGAUUUAUUAAUUGAUCGUUAUCAUUUAACAGAAAAAGUUAAUCGAGAAUAUUUUUAUUCAUCUGAAGAUGAAGAUCAACCUCAAUCGCCUUAUUCUCCUGAUAAAAUUUGGCGAGAAGAAAAAGAAGACGACGAGGAGGAGGAAGAUCUAUGA